UUGGUUAUUUUCUUGCUUGGUGUGGACUUGGAGUUGGUAGUCUACAUCGAGGAGUGUUUGUUGGUGGGCAAAUUGGAGAUUGUGGUGUUCUUGGGCUAAUUGGUGGUGCUGGGCUUUGGGAACAUAAGCCUUUUUGA